AUGAGUCUUCCGAGGAACAAAUUUCCCACGAAAAAAGAUCAACUCAGACAGGCAGCAGCACUCACAGCAGGAGCGCUGAAUUUCAAGCAUUUAAUUGAAAGACAACUUCUCCAGCCUGAUGUCAGCGGAAAAACACCCUUGGACAUGUCGCAAUACCAGCGCAUCUUCAGUGUUUACCGCACGCCUUCCAUAGCCUGCGAUAAACUGGAGUUCAACACGCCCCUCGAGAAAUCUGGGGAACACGUGCUAGUCAUACACAACUGCCAGAUGUUCACCUUCAACGCGUACGAUGCCCAAGGAGUGCCCCACGACGAAAGCAGGAUCCUCACCCAGCUCAUCCGAGUCGUGGAGAUGUCUCCCGAGAAGGACGUCGGCGUGGGCAUUCUCACGGCGGAAGACAGGGACGUCUGGGCGAAGAUGCACGCUACUCUUGGCCAGACUUAA